UUCAAGUUACCGUGCGCCAACCCAAGCGGAAUUAAACAAUAAAUCGCAAUAAAUUUGAUGAAAUAUAUUAAUUUAUAAUUUAUUAUCGAUAAAUCUAACGUAAAAAGUGUCUGGAUGGUUCAUGUGGCCGUUGAUGACUUCUCUGAAGUCAAUGGGGUUUCCUCUGGCUUAUAGUGAUGGUGCGAACUGCAGAUCGUUUGCUGCCGCUUAAAUUGCUAUCGACGUCCGCCUCCUAUCUACCUAGUUCGAAGUGUUCUUGUUCGGGUCUCACCAUGGGCUGGUUCCUGGAGGAGGUUUCAGGCGAGCAAAGGGUGAACCUCGUCGAAGGAGUCACGUCCGUGGGGCGCACUCCCCGGUGCACUUUGCGUUUGGAUUCCAGCUACUGCUCCAGGUCGCAUUGCAACAUCAUUGUGGACUCGGCGGGCAAUGUCGAAAUUGUUGAUUUCUCUACCAAUGGGACCUACGUGAAUGGGAAAUGCUUCAUCAACCUGAAUAUCACCGUUUUCGAAGGAGAUAAAAUUGGAAUUGGGUGUUGGAGGUUCGAAAAUACACCUUCAAAUGCGAAUAUGCCCAUAUAUGUGUUACGGAAGGAAACACCGCCUGAACCUAAAAUUGAAAUAAUGGCACCACCUGUGGAAGAUCGUCGUGUUGCGGAUGAAAAUGUGAUAGAUAUAAGUGAUGACGACGAUGACUGCUUGGAUUUGGACAAGUAUACCAAGGAAAAAGAACCUGCACAACCAACAGUCGAAGUGGAAGUAAAAGACGAAUCUGCAGUUGUAAUAAAGCCAGAGAUGAAUGGCUUUGACGAACCGCCUCAAUUCCUUUCCGCAGCACCGGUUUCAAGUUCCUCUGUUGUUACGCCACAACCAAUUGUAAGUGGCUUUGACUCUGGCUCAGCAGUUCAAUUCUUGCCGAUGCAACCGAGUCAUGACCCCGAAGCAUCUGCAGUUCAAUUCUUGACAAUGGAGUCAAGAGAUAGAUCUGAAACGUCCGCAGAAACAUAUUCUACAAAGAAUCUCAAUCAUCCUGUAAUGCAUGACCAAAACGGGAGGAUACCAAACUUGGAAAUGCCCGGACUACCUGUGAGGCCUAAAUUUUUUAAAGAAGGAUUUAACUGGUUCGCAGACCCCGAGGAAGGUGACGUCGACGUUGCAUUGUCACAGUCGGUUCUUCUCGAUAUAAAACGAGAGGCUGCCGAUUUCGACCAUGAGCAAUCGUUUGACAUGGAAGGAAUUCAAGAUUUGUUUUCCACUUUUGACGAAGAUCAUUCGUCGAAAGCCCCUGUAUCUUCUGACCAAAAUGACAAAGACGCAGUUUCGCCGUCUGAAACUGCCGCUGAUCGAAGUACCUCUUCGCCGAUAUUUAUAAUUGAUGAUGAUGAAGAGGAUGAGAAAGAAGAGGAAAUUUUCUCUAUUUGGGCACAGAAAUUAUCUCAAAACUACACUGUUCAGAAAUCAAUGGUCCAAGUUCACGCGUUGCCUGAUCCUGCAGUUGAAGAGAAAAAAAUUAGUACUGACGGCAUUCGAAAGGAAGCCGACGUGAUCCCUGCAGAAAUACGAAAGCCUUCGACUGAAAAUGAUGUUCAACCAGAACCACUAAAAGAAAAUCUGCGGCCAAGGAAAAGCGAACAGGAAACUAAACGGGAGACUCGACUGUCCGCUCGUAAGGAGGACAAGACAACACGUACGAGAAGUUCUUCAAAAUCAAAUCGGCGAAUUUCGCUAAAACAAGUUGACACUGUAGAUAGUAAUUUUGCGGAAGCAGGUAAAAAGCACAAAUUAGAAUGGUUAGAUGCGGUUCCGUCGACCAGUAAGCAAUCCGUUCACGAAAUGCAAGCCGCUGAUAAUCAUUUUGAACCGAAACGCAAGAAGCCGGAAGUGAUUGAGCCACCAAGCUUGCCUACCGGCCGUGGGAAACUACGAGGGCGUUCGAUCUCAACUGUUUGUACCACACGUAAAGAAAUCGAGAAAAAACUACAGACAUUGCGUACGAACGACAGAAUAGCCAAUCAAGAGAAAUCACUGAAGGAGAAGUGGCAUCAGAAACCGUCUUUGGAACGUCAAGAAAAGAAACGUCGUCAACAGGACAUUCAACAAGAGCGUAAAGUUAAGCUCAGGGAAUUAGCUGAGAAGCAGGCACAAAAAAGAAAAACCGAAAGCGAUGAUAAUAAGGUGACUAAAAAACCAAAAGUCAAAGUAACACAAAAGAAUCGAGGAGCUUUCUUAGCUGAAGGGUUGACUUAUGAAGCAGCCAAAAAUGAAGUUCUUUCGAAGAAAAUACCCAAACUCAAACCAGAUGACAAAAGAAGAAGUUCAACUCCUGCCACAAAUAAUGACUUCAAUCGGGCGUUAUCAGCCAUCGAUGAGCAAACGUCUGUCCGACGUAGAAGUAGCGCAGGUAGUAUAAAAGAAGACAAUAUCGGUAAAGAAGAUGCGUUGAAAACCACAACGAGAUUAUCGUGCGAAACACGCGAUAGAAAGCAACCCCGAAAAAGUAUCGAAGGUGACAAAAAAUCGAUGCAAAUCGAUAAGUCUGAGAUAGUAAGGCGAAAAACUAGCGAUCUUAAAUCAAUCUUAAUGUCACCCCCUCCAAGACCACAUGGGAAAGUGAAAAAGUCGGUGCGAUUCAAAGAGGAGCAUGAAACUCGCUUCUAUAUUAUUGACCCAGACAAUAAGCUUGAACGUAAAGUCGACUGCAAGGAUAUCCCAAUAGACAUGAAUUUUUAUAUGAAAUUAGAAAAUAUGAAAAGACGAACGCGAGAUGUGAAAGCAGCAGUCGACUACUCGGAGGACAUGCUGUCUGACAUACUUGGCUGGGAUUCAAACUGGUUGGAAACGAAGAGGCCCGAAGUGAAUGGACCGGACCACAUAUUGAUGCCAAUGAUGCAGCAAUACCCGAGUUUCGAAAUCUUUUCCAGAAUCGUUUUAGCGCUUUUCAAAAUUGAACUAUGGCAUUCAAUUGAACAGGAUUAUACAAGACGUGCCAAGAACAACUUCGUGGUUUUCCAGGUUACGCAAAGUGUUACAGAACGCCGUGGUAAACAUUCUCGUUAUGUUCUUAACUGUGAAGCUUCAUCAAAACUAAUUCGAGACAAGAUGGACUUCAUAUCGUUGAUGUUGUGUUUGGUAAAAUGGAAUAAUACAUCAAAGCCAUUCGAAUGCUUUGGCAUUAUUACUUCAAUGAGGUGCCUGGCGGUAAAUUCAUCUCAAGAAAUUAUGAGCUUGCAAAUUGAACUUAAUGCUAAUCCAAAGUACAAAUCGUUCAUUGAAAAAAAUGGUAAUAUUCUCAUCAAACCAGUUACCAAUGUGCGUGUCGAGGUAGGCAUCUACAAUGCAGUCAACAAUCUCCAAAUCUCGCCUCUCGGUAAAUGCAUACUGGAUCCUUUUGAAUUGACUAAGGGUGUUAAUGCACCGCAGAAGCUGCCUCGAUACAAGGGCUACAAUGAGCUAAAUCCCAAUCAAAUGUCGAUUCUCCUGGAGUCAUAUCAGAAAUGUAUUGAUCGUGACAAGUCGAAUAAUUUGUCUCUGAUAGAGGGGCCCCCCGGAACGGGCAAGUCACGACUUAUAACUAACCUCGCAUUGCAAAUAUUGUAUGGUGACGAAGUAAGAAAAUCGGGGGAAAGAAAACAGAUUCUAAUAUGUGCACAAAGCAAUGCUGCAGUUGACAUUAUAGCUCAAAAGCUUCUGGAGAUACGCUGCAAAAUGGAACGUGACAAAUUCAACUUGGUGCGUUUUGGUGUUUUUGAACGAAUAGAUCCGAAUGUACGCUCCAUAUCACUGCAGUCUCUAGUUCAAUCACAGUUGCGUGAUCGACAGACUGAAGAAAAUCGGAAUAUAUUGAAGCAUGAGCGGAAGCUUCUUGAAAGCCAAAUUGAGAAGCUUGGUCUUUCUGCUGGACCGGACAACGUGUCACGCGAUGAGCUCCAGAAGAAAAAGGAACGUCUCAAUAUGAUUAAUCAAAUGCUGGGGGCAACGGUUUCGUUGGCAGGACUAGAGCAGCAUUAUCCAAGAUUUCUAGAGAGAGCUAAUAUCGUUUGUACAACACUCUCCAGUUGUAUAAAGUUGAUAAAUUAUACAAAGAAAUUCGAUGUGUGCAUAAUAGACGAAGCAACGCAGUGCGCCGAACCUUACACGUUGAUUCCUCUGCAAUUUGGUAUUUCGUCAUUAGUUCUAGUUGGAGAUACUCAACAGUUACCUGCUACUGUGCUGUCUUCGGUUUCAGAAGAGAAAGGAUUUGGCACAUCGCUUUUCACGAGAAUUCAAAAGUGCUUAGAAGGAAAUAAGAACUUCCCGAUUUCAACUCUAAAGACGCAGUAUCGCAUGCAUCCGGAAAUUUGUCUAUGGUCCAAUUCCUAUUUUUACAAAAAUGUAUUGAUCAAUGAUGAGUCGACGAAUACAACCAACUUUGUCCUUAAACCCUAUGCAGUACUGAGUUUAGAGUAUAAACAGGACGCAGAUUCGGAAAAUGGGAAAUUUACCAAUGUCCUCGAGGCUAAAUUUGUGGUUGCCUUGGUUUCUCAACUAGCUCAGAUGAUGCGACCGGAACAUUUUACCUACGGAAUCAUAACACCAUAUGCUCAUCAACGAGAAUAUCUCCAGCGGAAAAUCAAUGAAGCUGGCAUUAAACGUAUUACUGUCAACACAAUCGACUCCUAUCAGGGUAAGGAAAAGGAUGUGAUCAUAAUGUCAUGUGUGAGAACGAAAGGAGUAGGUUUUUUGGGUAACUGCCAACGGUUGAAUGUAGCAUUGACAAGAGCGAGGAAGUGCCUUUUUGUGUGUGGGAAUUUCAACAGUUUGAUGAGAGAACCCGUGUGGAAAUCUCUACUAGAAAAUGCAAAGCGACGAAAUUUGUUCUUCCAUUUUCGGGACAAAGACAUUAAUGACUUUGAGAAUAAAGUUAUGUGCCACUUGAAACCAAACCAGCCAUGAGAUACAAAAUAUCGUUUUUCUUUUACUUAGUGGUAAUUUCAGUUAUAUAGUGUGUAUAUAAAAGUUUUGUUAUGUAUGUUUACGGCAAUAUGAUUCGAUGUUGCUCCUUGUUAUAAAGGAUAUUACCUAUUUUGAUACUCCCUAAGAGUAAGAUAAAUAUUUUAAUAAUUUGGUUCACUCAAUAAAAAUGAACAAAUAUUUUUUUUUG